AUGUUGAAAUUAUCUCUCCAAAACGCUGUUUUGACUUAUGAACAACUCGAGUCUACACCUUCAAGAAUAGAUGUCAUUUCCGAAGAUCUCGAAGAUAAUUUGCGAAGACUUGGUUGUGAGCUGAUACAAUCUGCGGGGAUUCUGUUGCGAUU